ACCAACCAAAGAUAUAAAAAAACGGAACCAAAGGAAAGUUGAAGGGAAUGCUUUGUGCUUACGGUUCUUAUAGAGAAGGCUGGAUCUGGAAGGAAGAUGGAAGAAACAAAUACAGUUAAGGCAUCGUCUCUAAGGUGGGAAAUUCUUCGACGGGCUUUUGCUGGACGACGUUCUCCCCAUCUACCAGAGAAGCAAUGUCAAAUCGGCAUAAAACGUAUUUCUAGGAAGGCGGCUCAAGGGUUUAACUUGAUCCCAUGCCGUCCCAUCAACGAAGAUGGUUAUGAAGAGGGGGAGUUGGGUUCUUCUUCCUUGUCGAAACUGAACCAAUUGAUCGGUCCUAGAGAUGCUUGUAUGCGCUACACUCUACCCUUGUGCAAUGCUCCCUCACUUGUUAUGAUUCAAAGGGUAGAGAACUGCGUUGAUCUGAAUGAGUUUGAGAUCUCUAACAGAUUUGACAUUGACAACACAGGGCUUGUUUGUCAUUGGCCAUCAGAAAAUGUUCUUGCUUAUUUUUGCUUGUCUCAUGCAGAUAUCUUCAGGUCCAAGAAGAUAUUGGAGCUAGGAUCAGGUUAUGGAUUGGCUGGAAUGGUUAUUGCAGCAAGCACAGAUGCAUCAGAAGUUGUAAUAUCUGAUGGGAACCCUCUAGUUAUUGAUUAUAUUCAGCGAAAUAUAGAUGCUAACUCUAGAGCAUUUGGUGAUACAAAAGUGAAGUCUAUGAUAUUGCACUGGAAUCAGGAGCAAGGCUCAAAUGUCCCAGACACAUUUGAUAUCAUUGUCGCCAGUGACUGCACAUUCUUCAAGAAAUUCCAUGAAGGUCUUGCACGAACCGUCAAAUCCCUUCUUAAGCAAUCGGCAGAUUCUGAAGCCAUAUUUUUCAGCCCCAAAAGGGGUGACUCGUUGAGCAAAUUUCUGGAGAAAGUCAAGGAGAUUGGCUUGCAAUUCGGCAUAACUGAGAACUAUGACCAGCAAGUUUGGAAGCUUCAUCAGAGAUUUUCAGAUGGAGAUAAUUUCUGGCCCAACUACGAAAAGGAUCACUGCUACCCACUGCUGGUCAGGAUCACAUUCUAAGUUGUUUUGGCACCUAUUGCAUUCUUUUUAUCUUCUCUCUUCACAGCACCCACCACCACAACCGAAAUAACAACAGAAAAACUAAUCUUGCAGUUGCAGAUUUUCCUUCUGGCCCACAUUAAGUUGGGACAUAAUUGUGAUUGUAUAUGUAUCAUCUUGUUGUUUGACUUA